AUGACUCAGGUUCCCACGCCGCCGGCAUCACGCCUAGGCUCGGAAGCCCCCGAGAUCGAGGUGAAGCCCACGGAAGCUUCAUCAGAGUUGCGGCAGUCUUUGGACAUUUUGCUGGAGCAAUACUUGCAUCUGCUGGACCGACAGCAGAAAUUGCAGUCGGGGUUGGCAAAGCAAUUGUCUUCGGGAUUCCUGUCACUGGCCCAUGCCAACUACACCUGUCCCCCUGGCCGGCGGUAUGGCGUGGAUUAUUAUGAUGAGCGGAUGAAAGCCACACGGAAGAUAGCCAUCCAAUCUGGCCUCGACAACGAUAUAACCGAACAUGGAACAGAGUCACAAGAUACAAUGGAGGGUUCCCAUUUGCAUGAUUUCGAGUACGACUUCCAUCUAGAGACUGUCACCAACGUCACCCCCGAAGACAAUACUGAAGAGGCAGACGACCGGGGAAAAUCACCACCCAAAGCAGCAUCGCCACUAGCAUCGCAACAAGGGAUCACACUGGCAAUUGAGAAUAAGACGGACUCUGCUGGAUCGCAGGACGCAGGCGCUGAUUUAUCAACACCCAGAGAGUCGAAACAAGCUCCUAAAAAGUUCCGCUCUGACGAUCCGAUCCACUGGUACGGCAUCCUGGUGCCAACAUCGCUGCGCACCGCCCAGAAAUCCUUCACAGAAGCUAUACAGACAGAGGUGCCGGAGUUGGCUGCCGUAACUGUUGAAAUGCGUAAAAUGGAGCGGAAGAUUGCCCAGUUACGAAUGGACCUCGGUGUCGACUCCACCGAGGCCACUGAUGACCGGUGA